GAUUGAGAAAAAUGUCCAUUCGGAAACAACCUAUCGGGAGUUUAGGUUUUGGUCAUCUGUAAACUGCAUCUAUCCAAUCACAGAGGCCUGUCCGUCUGCUCUGUAGUCUCGCAAGACACAGAGAAGUCAUGGCUGCCGUACCGAGCAGCAAACUUCUAGGCAGGUGUGUUGCAUCUCCAACCGGGAAACACUCCGCGUCGGUCAUCUUCUUACACGGCUCAGGAGACACUGGACGGGGAGUGCGAGCAUGGGUCAAAGAGGUUUCGGUACCAGACCUGGCUUUCCCCCACAUCAGAGUGGUAUAUCCCACAGCUCCAGCCAGGCCAUACACACCCAUGCGGGGGGCUCUGUCCAAUGUGUGGUUUGACCGCUACAAGAUCUCACACGACUGCCUGGAGCACUUGGAGUCUAUAGACGCCAUGGCCAACUCCUUGGGAGCGGUUAUACAGGAGGAGAUCAGGGCAGGAGUACCAAAACACAGGAUGAUCAUAGGGGGUUUUUCUAUGGGCGGAGCUAUGGCCCUCCACCUGGCGUGCCGUUAUCACCCUGAAGUAGCAGGAGUCUUUGCUCUGUCCAGCUUUCUCAACAAAGACUCUGUAGUAUAUCAGGCUGUGGAGGAGCGGGCAAGGGCGGGGAGCCCCCUCCCUGAGCUAUUCCAGGGCCAUGGGACAGGAGACGAGUUGGUGUUCCAUAAGUGGGGAGAAGAAACUACGGCCCUGCUGAAGAAGGCUGGGAUGACAACCACCUUCCACUCGUUCCCAGGCCUCCAGCACCAGCUCUCCCGGCCAGAGAUUGAGCUACUGCGCUCCUGGAUCCUCACCAAGCUGCGCCCGGACAGUCUAGACGCCAGUGGGCAGUGACCAGUCAGCCCCACACCACUAAACAGACACAUUAACAACACGCUAUUAACAUGUUAAUAACACGUUCACACUAUUAAGCUGCUUUAAAAUGAGCCAAACCAAACGGUACUGCGCUGGCCUGGUAAAGCAUUGCCCAUAGUUUCUGGAACAAAGCUGGAAAAGCGAGCCAGCACGGUCAGGUCGGUACUAUAGUGUGAAAAGGAUAUUAACAUGCUGAGUGGGCUGUGGAACACCUCCUCACAACCUCUGUUGGACACAAUACCGCUUUUUAAAAUAUGUGUCAAUAAAUGUUUUGUUUUUUUGCUUGGACACUGUCAGUUGUGCUUGCUUAGUGUCCUCAACAGCUGUGUGGUUCCCUUCAAAAGAGAACAUGUGAUAGUUGAGUGUGCUUAUAACCACUCCCUCUGCACUUGUACAGUCUCCACUCUUAACGCUUCAGCCUCGUCUGUCUAACUCUGAUAGGAUAUGGGAGCAUGCUCUGCCUCCACCCCUAUCGUUUAACUAACACUAGAGUCAAUUUAGUACCGUUGCUGUAGAGAGAACAGGAAUUGUUUAGUCAAUCUUGCUCGCUGUUUUUUUUUUUAUACACCAUUAUCGUUUUGCGCUGGGGAAUGUGUUGAACAUGUGUGGGGAUGGAGGGAGCGGAGGUCUGUUCUGUUUGCUCAGUAGUUCUGCUCCGUAGCACACAUCGCCUCAUUGAUAGUUAUUGGGAAGAAGCAGUUAGCUAUUCUUCCCUUCUUCCUACCUGCAGCCUUUCUCUCGGCGUUGUGCUUAAGGUAGUCCGGAUGCUGGGCUGCCUUCACUAGUGUAGGGCUGCAGGCCAGGGUCAGAACACAGGAAGAUCAUGAGUGAGCAGUAGUAACACUUAGGUGCCAAACAUAAUGAGUUAUGGAAAUGAUUCACGUUUCUUGUGUAGUCCUGGCUAUAAAUUAAACAUCUGUCAACAUCA